UCGUUCCGGACGUUUCGGUGCUCUCCUUGCCUGCUCGCCCUGUGAAUCGGUGGUGGAUUAGUUCGGUCUGUUCUCCGGUGUGUUGUCGCUGUUAGCACCUUGGUGCUGUUUUUCUUUGACGAUUCUGCGCCGUUUCAUCGCCUACCAGCCAGUGGAAACAUUAAUCGACCUUUCUGCUGGAUAAAUAAACGUCGAGCCCAGCAGGAAGCAUGUCUACUGCCUUGGAGAGCUACAUCAACCGUACUGUGGCCAUCGUCACCUCAGACGGCAGGAUGAUUGUGGGCACUCUGAAGGGCUUCGAUCAGACCAUCAACCUCAUCCUGGAUGAGAGUCAUGAGCGGGUGUUCAGCUCCAGUCAGGGGGUGGAGCAGGUGGUGCUGGGACUGUACAUCGUCAGAGGAGACAACGUGGCGGUGAUCGGGGAGAUUGACGAGGAGACAGACUCCACACUGGAUUUAGGAAACAUCAGAGCUGAGCCGCUCAACUCUGUUGUCCACUGAUGACCCCACACACACACACACACACACACACACACACACACACACACACACACAAUCUCUCUUGUCUCCUUGGCAACAAAUGGCUGUGUGAUUUAUUUUUGUUUGUAUUUUUUUAUAAAUAAAGAAUUCCUAGAGAUGUUAGAUGAA